AUGGGGCGUGGAAGCACUGCUGGCACGGCGGUCUUUCUAGCCAUUGGAGGCUUCCUCUUUGGCUAUGACAGCGGCAUCAUUUCCUCCACAAUUGUCCAGCCCUAUUUUGAGCAGUACAUGGGCAUCCCGAGUUCGUCCCAAACUGGUGGAAUUGUAUCCGCCUUCACCGGCGGUGCUAUUCCGGGUGCACUUUCGGUCGCCUGGCUGCCCGAUCGUUUGGGUCGCCGGAAGGCAGUUUUUAUUGGAGCAUGUAUCUCGGUUCUUGGUUGCGCCCUCCAAGCUGGGGCAACGACCAUUCCGAUGAUGAUUGCCGGUCGGUUCAUCGCCGGUGUUGCGGUUGGAUUGCUCUCCGCGCUUGUUCCGAUGUACUGCUCUGAGAUUGCCACCUCGCAGGAUCGUGGAAAACUCGCGGGGUUGCUCCAGUGGAUGUUGUCUUGGGGGUUUCUCGUAGCACAAUGGCUUGGAUACGGUUGCUUCAAGGUCAACAGUGACUUUCAAUGGCGCUUCCCUCUCUCAUUUCAAGUCGUUCCAGGACUCAUCAUGGCCUGUGGGAUCUGGUUCCUUCAAGAAAGUCCUAGAUGGCUCAUCGAAAAAGACCAGCAGGAAGCCGCCAAAGCGGUCCUCCGUAAACUUCACGGCAACGGAUCGAAUGAAGAGUUCCUUGAGCUCGAGUAUCGUGAGAUUAGAGACACCAUCGUAGCUGAGAAGACGCUCGCAGUUCAGACAUGGCGUGCACUGAUCGCAAAACCAAGCUGGCGUAAGCGGCUGGCUCUUGGGUGUGGAGUGCAGGCAUUUGGCCAGCUAUCUGGGAUUAACGUCAUCAAUUACUAUGGCAAUGUGAUCUACGAAAUCCUGGGAAUCGGCACCGGCACAUCCCUCAUGAUUGUCGGUAUCUCCGGAGCGCUCUCCAUCUGCUACUGUACGGCAGGACUCUACCUCUUGGAUAGAGUUGGGCGAGUCAAGCCUCUCAUCUUCUCCGCCACCGGCAUGGCUUGCGCACUCGUGGUCAACGCCGUGCUUUCCCAGUACUAUGUCAUGAAAUCGGGUGGGCAGACCUCGGAUGGUAACGCUCUUCGCGCCAUGGUCGCAAUGAACCUAGUGUUCUCCUUCUUCUUCACCUUUACGGGCAUCAUCUCGUGGGUCUACCCGGCUGAGAUCUUCCCCAUGGAGAUACGUGCCAAAGGAAACUCCAUCUCAACUAUUACAAACUGGGCUCUGAAUCUUCUCUUUGCACAAUGCGCACCUAUCGCCUUGUCAAAAAUGGGCUUCAAGUUCUUCUACUUUUUCUUUGCAUUUAAUGCCGUUGCAGCUGUCUGUUACGCGUUUCUGUUCCCUGAAACCAAGGACAAGAGUUUGGAGCAGAUGGAUGAGCUCUUUGGCGAUCAGAUUGUACCCCAUGCCUUGGAGGACCCAGAGGGUGCAGCUGCUGCUAUGAGAGAAAAGCUCCAGCAUGUUAUACAUGCCGAGGACAGUGAGUCAUAG